AUGGCUACCCCCAGUGUCCUUACCUUUAAUGCUGAGGGUCGUGCUGUUGACUUUGAGGUCUGGGUCGAUGACCUCCAACUCUUCCUACAGUGCGAUAGGGCAGACGGACUCUCCCUGUUUGAUCUCACCUCUGGUGCCCCGCCUGCUACUGCUGACAGCACUGUUCGCUCACAGUGGGCCACACGCGAUGCUGCUGCCCGUCUUGCUGUGCGUCGCCACUUACCGACCGCUGAGCGUGCGCACUUUAGUCAGUACAAGAGUGCUACGACCUUGUACGACGCUGUAGUUGCACGCUACUCUUCCCCUGCCACUGCUGCUCUUAGCCGCCUCAUGCUGCCGUACCUGUUCCCUGACCUUGCUGCCUUUCCCACAGUCGCUGACCUCAUUACGCACCUUCGCACUAGUGACACUCGCUACCGCGCUGCGCUUCCUGCUGAGUUCUGUGCCAAGAACCCUCCCCCCAUGUACAUCACCCUCUACUACAUAGUCACCCGACUCCCUGACUCCCUUCGCUUAGUCAAGGACCACUUCCUCUCAGUUUGCCCCACCACACUCACCGUUGACCUCCUUGAGGAGCGCCUCCUAGCAUCAGAGAAGAGCAUAGUCGCUGUAGGAGCCUCUCGUGGUGACCCUUGUACCCCCGUAUUUGAGGGGUGUUCCCCCUCCCCCCUUUUGCCCUCUGUUGCUUCUGCUGCUGCGGCCGACCUCGUUGGUUUCGAGUCGGUCGGCGCUGCGUCUGCCCCUAGCAGGAGACGCCGCACAGGCAAGGGCAAGGAGGGCAAGGGCGCUGGAGGGGCUGGCGGGGGCGGUGGAGGUGGCGGUGGAGGCAGUGGAGGGGGUGGGGGUGGUGGUGGGAGUGGUGGCGGGGGUGGAGGUGGCAUUGAGGCUGCUGCUCUAGGUGCUGGUGAGGCUGUUGCUCUAGGUGCUAGUGCGUCUGCUGCCCCAGGUGCUGGUGAGUCUGCUCUCUCAAGUACCACGUCGGCUCAGGCCUUACACACCUUCACCCUUGACUCGGGUGCUUCCCGCUCCUUCUUUCGAGACCACACCACGCUUACGCCGCUUAGUCGGCCGGUUGCGGUAUCCCUGGUGGACCCCUCUAGGGGUCUUAUCCUUGCUCGCUUCUCCACUGUCUUACCGUGUCCGCCAGCCCCCUCUGGCACCCUGUCAGGUCUCUACCUCCCUUCGUUCUCUACGAACUUGGUGAAUGGUGCUGACCUACAGGAUAGGGGGGUUGACCAGUUCACUCCUGCGAGUCAGCGGGUGACCCACUGCACGUGUGCUCGGACGGGCCGACACUUGGCCACGUUUACCCGUCGGCCAGGGUCGAGCCUGUACACACUGACUACUGAGUCUGCUCCGGUUGCUGAGUCAGGUUAG